AUGCGAGCAUCAGAUUGGGAGCCGUGCUGGCUUCGAGAGGGCCGCGCCCCAACUUUCAUGAAUAACUCGACCACUCCGGAGACCCUCUCAAGGUCGGACCCAAAUUACGGAAAGUCGAUGGCUGUCGGUUUAGCGCUAUGGGGAAAUACACCCGCUGUGGACGCUCUCAACCUUCCAAGAAACGAGAACAACUCCCACAGGGACUAUUCUGUUGCAUUUCCGGCGUCAGGAGACCUGCGGCACGUCGUAAGAACUAUCAACAAACUUCCUGAUGAUUUCUCGGGAAAUAUCAACAUUCUGCUGAACGAUGGUUGCUUAAAUGUCGCCCUUCGAAACCUUGUUCUUCUCCUCAUAUUGGGCACCGCAGAGGAUGAAGCUCUGGGAGUCGACAUUGCUACCCAUUUCUGGUACUCGACAUUCAUGCCAAUCGAGUACAACUUGCACAUCACACUCGCAAUCACCAGAUUUGUUUCGCACUUGGACUCGCGAUCGGAGGGGAAGGGGGAAAUAGGCUUCAAGUUAGGACUACGUUCGGCGGUAGACGGCGCAGCGAUCUUGUCAGCCCCUGGUGCCGUCGAGCUUUUGCGUCACUUUAGUUCCGCAAACUUCGAUAUUGAAGACGCCCAGAAAGAAUGCGACCGAGUGAAGCACGACCCCAGUCGAAGGGACUAUCGGGACCGCUAUUAUCUCAGGCUGAAGCCUUCGCAUCGAGUGGCUUACCAAGAGUUUCGUCGAUUUGGAUUGCUUUUGCCGUUCGGUGCCCCUAAUCAUCACUUCAACCACCCAAACUCCUCCCUCUUUUCUAAAGAGGGCAAGUGGGUGCAGAGUGAUUUUGCAGAGCCUUUGAAUGGCUGGGAGGUCGACGAAGUUCUUGCAACAGGGAAGCAACACGGGGCCACGCCGGAAGAUAUCUAUGGCUGCCUGUACUUCUAUGUAUCAGAGCAGCUGAGAUUAUUCACGGAACGAUUGAGCAAGUUCUGCAUUCGCUUCACUCUCCUUCCUAUGGAGGCAUGUAUGCUGGGUAACUCCCUUCAGAUGAAGAGCGGGGAACAGGGAGAGUCCAGCUCGAAGGGCAGAAUGACUAAUUUUGACAGGAUCAUAUUUUCGAAUAUCGUGGACGAGAAUUACGUUGGCAUUCGCAAGGCGUUAACAAGCUGGGCCCCUUUGCUUUCGAAGAGCAAGUGGGCGACGAUCGUCGCUUACUUCAUGAAUUGGCCGUUCAUACAGAGGAAUGGACGGGUUCGCGACGCCGGCGAAGCCGUCCUUGAACGUGUUUCCGGUGAAUAUUCGUUGAAACUUCAACUGGACUCUUCUGCAUCCCUCAUCCUCAAGAUCAAGUACACUCUGAAAUGCUUCAGGCAUUAUCCGUAA